AUGUUAGUUAACCAUGGAAUGAAUCAGUUAACCUCGUUGAGCAUUGCCCGGAGUUACUCGUUCGCUCCAUCAACUGCUGCUGUUCUGAGAAGGCAGAGUUUCUUGAUUAGGGCACUGGGAGGAGGUAGUCAUAGUAAAUUUCAUAGUACUGCUGGCAGUACAAUGCAAGAGACUGAGGCUGAUGCUGUGAGUAUUUUGAGAGGAAUCACUCCUACUUUGGACCCAAAUCGACAUAAAGGCCAGGCGGGGAAAAUAGCUGUGAUUGGAGGGUGCCGGGAGUACACUGGAGCUCCUUAUUUUGCUGCUAUUUCGGCCUUGAAAAUCGGUGCAGACCUGUCUCAUGUGUUCUGUACCAAAGAUGCUGCUCCUGUUAUCAAGAGCUAUAGUCCUGAGCUGAUCGUUCACCCGGUUUUAGAGGAGUCUUAUAGUGUAAGGGAGGAAGAGAGAAAGCAAGUAUCAGCAAAAGUUGUAGCUGAGGUUGAUAAAUGGAUGGAGAGAUUCGAUUGUCUUGUUGUUGGGCCUGGUCUUGGAAGAGACCCAUUUCUUCUGGAUUGUGUCAGUGAGAUCAUCAAGCAGGGACGGCAUUCGAAUGUUCCGAUCGUUGUAGAUGGGGACGGACUCUUUCUUGUAACAAACAGUCUUGAUCUGGUUCAUGGUUAUCCUUUGGCUGUUCUAACCCCCAACGUGAAUGAAUACAAGAGACUGGUUCAGAAGGUUCUCAAAUGCGAAGUCGAUGAUGCUGAUGCACCUGGACAAUUAGCAUCUCUAGCUAAACAGAUUGGUGGUGUAACCAUCUUAAGGAAAGGAAGAUCUGACCUCAUCAGUGAUGGUGAUAUAGUGAACUCGGUGAGCAUCUAUGGGUCGCCUCGGCGAUGUGGAGGCCAGGGUGAUAUCCUCUCUGGAAGUGUUGCAGUAUUUCUGUCCUGGGCUCGCCAACCAUUCGUAGCUGCUGACAGGAAUCCAACUGUUCUAGGAUGCAUUGCCGGCUCUGCUUUACUCAGGAAGGCUGCAUCUCUUGCUUUCGAGACCCGAAAAAGAUCGACUCUAACCACCGAUAUCAUCGAGUGUCUGGGAAGAAGUUUGGAGGAUAUCUGCCCAGCCUGUUGA